AUGACAUUUAAAAUAAACAGAAAUAAACUGGAUGUUACACCCUGCCACCAUCAACAACAACAACAGCAACAACAACCUUUGAAAAGAAAACUUAAAAAUAUCCUCCGUAAACAUUCAUUUCACACCCUAUCCUCAGAGGCGAGUUUAAAACCUUUAGAUUUGGUGCAUUCAAGACGUUCAACAGGGAAAAAUGAUAAAGAUGCAAAAUUUACAGAUAUUAGUACACUACGGAGAUGUGCUCUCAUGCCGUUACAUCCAAGUGCUGCUUGUUCCUCGAUCAGUAAUGAAUAUAUCUAUUCAGCGCGAAAUUCUGAAAAUAUCUCAAGUCUGUCAACAACACAAAUGACACCAAGAAAUAGUAAUCCAAUUGAUCAGUAUGCAUUACCUUCUAGUGAUGUCCCACUGUCACCUUCAGGCUGUAGUCCUGGUUAUCAUGCCUACAGGAUUAAUGUAAAGCACACAAUUGAAAUCAAAGCUAUCUGUAUGUAUUUGAUAAAUAUCAGUUCAAUUGUCUUUUGUUGGUUACCAUUUUAUACUAUCAUAUUGUUUACCGAUUAUAUGCCCAGUGUAUGUCUUUCACCAUUGACAGUUUAUGAUAUUUUCUACUGGUUUAAAUUUGCCUGUAUAGCACUAAAUCCUAUUAUCUAUGGGUCUGCAUCAGAAGACCUGCGUAAAGCCUUUAAACGUUUCAUUCUACACUGUGGUAAAGUGAAAAAGGAGAAAAAAGCACUGAAGAGAUUGGUGCUGGCUGGUCUAGGCGCAGCUGGUAUCCCUUAUGGGCAUAGAAUUAUAAUUCCGCCACAGAAGUGUAAUAGUAACACCAAUAAGUCCGUGGUAUUCAAUAAACCAUUGAUGGUGUUAACUGAUGCAGAAGAAUAA